AUGGAAAAUAACCAAGUGCUAAACGUAAACAAAGACGCCAUUAAUCCCGGUAUCGAAGACAAAAGCGGACAGAGAGAAGAAGCAGAACAAACUCCCACAAUUCCUCGCGCUAACCAAGUCAACAAUCUCACAGCGGUCGACAACCAAUCACGGAUGAAUGAAAACAGUGCUACCAACACCUACGCGGCAAAUUUCCCUGAUUCCCUGCAGAGACGUGAAGAUGGAGCUACUGCGCCUCCCACACUAAACGUAGUUGAACAUUCUCAUUAUACUCAAUCAGUUGAUGCCAUUGGCAGUGACAGGUCAAAUAAACAAACCGCUGACGAAUCCCAAUCGACAGCUCUUCAUGCUAUCAUGAACGGUUUAAAACAACUUAAUGAAAAUUUGAUUAACACUAAAUCUGAGUUAAACGAAAACCUAAACGCAAAAAUAAACGAAAUAAGUGAUUGUAUUUCUAAAACUAAAAUCGAACUUAGCUAUGAAAUCAAAUCUUGUAGGGAGACACUCGAGACACAAAUUAAUGAACUGCGGGAUAAUCAAACUGAAUUCCGAAAUGAAUUGAACGCUAUAAGGGACAAUCAAGAUCAAUUCCGUGAAAAAAUAGACCUGAAAAUUAAAGAAUCCACUGACAGCAUUAGAGGAGAAUUAAAUCAUAGUUUUGAAGAACAUAAGGCAUUUGUAAACCAACAGAUGAAUAACCAACAGUUCAAGAUAUUAGAAUCGGUACAAAACAAAAAUCAAACUCUAGAAAAUAAAAUUGCUUUUGAAAUAAAAAAUGCUAUAGACCAAGUACGACAUGAAAACGCGGAAACAAAUAAAAUACAAAUCAAAACCAUUAUAAAUGAAAUUCAACCACAAAUCCAAAACAAUCAUGAUAGAAUAAACAAUCUAGCCGAGUGUAUUAAUAAAUAUGAAUGUGAAUUAGAAAAUAUAAAAUCUAAAUCUCAAAUUGAGACGAAACCAUGUGAACCAUUGCAAGUCAUUUGUACCGGAGGAGAUUCUGUAGACAGACAAGUGCCAAAAUUCAACGGACGUUCUACCAGUCCAAUGGAAUUUUUACAAAAAAUUAGAAGGUAUUACGAAAAAAAUAUAGGUCGUGUGCAACUCACACACACAUCUAACACUGAACAUCUCAUUGACAUAUUAGAAAGUAGUCUCGAAGGUCACGCGUCACGAUGGUUCCAAUUAAUAAAACACGAUAUUAAAAACUGGGAGGAUUUUUCACACGAAUUAACUACGAAAUAUUGGAGUCGUGAUGUGCAACGCGGCAUACGUGCAAAAAUAGAAUCAGAACAUUACAAGAGUAAUGGAACAUUGACUUGUGCUGAAUACUUCACCGAGCGUGUUAUCACACUACAAUCGAUUACCCCACCAAUAACCGAAGAAGAAAUCGUCACCAUUUUAUCGGAACGGUUUGAACAAAUUAUUCAGGACAGCCGGAGCGUUCAAAACAUUAACACCAUUAAAGAGUUUGAACGAUUACUACAACGAGAAGACAUCCGAGACGGCCCAAAACGGAACAAAAUAAUUUCAUCCCAAAAUCACAAUUCAUCUGGUUAUAAGCCAAUACACCAGAAACCUCACCAAUCCCCAGUCACACCACAUAAUAACAUUGAACAAAGAGCAUAUCAGCCAAGGAAUCAAUAUCACGGACAAAAUCAACAUUAUAAUGAUCGAAACCAACAUAACAAGAACUAUUACCACUCAUACAACAGUCGUAAUGAUAAUGAAUUCAAGAGUAAGACACAACCAUACAAAGACCACUACCAAAAUCGACAGAAUACUCACUACUACCCAGGAAACGAUAGACAUUACCCCACCACAGAACAGGCACAAGUAUGCACUAUCGUGCGGCAGGGAGAAAAUGCUCGAAAUCUACCUUCUGGUACCGGCAACGACCGCAGCGAAGACGUUCCAGCGGCGGGAAACGGCUGCGCGCUGUAG